AUGGCUCGUGAAGUCCGCAGAGGUGGCAGUGCUGAUGCCCACGAUGCUGAUCAGAGAUAUGUUGCCGGAGCUGAACUGCCGGAUGGCAAUGCUGCUGCCAUGGGUGUUGAUAGCCCCACUACCACCAAUAGGCGAACGGCUAUCAACAUUGUCAGUGUGGGCGAUUCUGGCCUCAAGCUGUACCAGCCGAGACUGGACGCUCGUAUCCCCGACGCCCGGGGUCCUGUACAGGUGCGGAUGUGA